AUGGUACGAUCAUUUACGAGGCUGGCGCCCGUCCUCGCCGCGCUGUGCCUGGGCACAAGCCGGCUCUCUAGCGCUUUGCCCUCGCCUGCUGCGUCCGACGACAUUGCGUCCUUGCUGCUGGCACGUCAGAGCGCCGACAACACCAGCGCGUCGGGCAUCAACACGAACAACACGGCCGACUGCACCAACUGCACCAACCUGGGCAACUUCGCCAACCCAAUUCCCGUGUCGUCGUUGGACCCGGUGGUGCAGGUGCGCAACGGCUCCUACGCGGGCAUCACCAUCGCCCCCAUCGCGGCCGAGGCGACGCUCUCUGGCUUCGGCACCAACGGCACCCAAGAGGCCUUCCUCGGCAUCCCCUACGCUCAGCAACCCGUCGACGAGCUGCGCUUCCAGAGACCUCGAUCGCUCAACCAGAGCUGGCAGGACGUGCGUUCGGCCAAACGCUACUCGGAGCUGUGCUUCGGUGUAGGCACGGACGACGACUACCAACCGCCUUACGUCACCUACAAGCUCGGCGAGCGCUGCCUCACGCUCAAUGUCGUGCGUCCCGCUCGGCAGGACGAAGCGAGCAAGCUGCCCGUAUUCGUCUGGAUCCACGGAGGCGGUUUCUCGUACGGCGGCUCGGGCGAUAGGCGCUACAACGGCAGCUUCAUCGUGGACAAGUCGGUCGAGUUGGGCCAGCCGCUCAUGUACGUCAGCCUCAACUACCGUGUUCAGACGCUGGGCUUCCCCGUUGGCGACGAGGCGAGCCAGGCGGGCGUGCAGAACCUGGGCCUGUACGACCAGCGUCUUGCGCUGCACUGGAUCCGCGAAAACAUCGAGGCGUUUGGCGGUGACAAGGACAAGGUGACCAUCGUCGGCGAGUCGGCGGGUGGCGCGAGCAUGUACUUCCACCUCGCCGCGUACGGCGGCCGCGACGACAAGCUCUUCCGUUCGGUCAUCGCCGAAAGCGCCUACUACGCCACGGGGCUCGAUACGGCCAACAACACGGCGAGUCGAAACGACCAGUGGACCUCGCUCGCGCAGUACGCCGGAUGUGGAUCCAACAGCACGCUCGAGUGUCUACGCAGCGUGCCGCUCGAAACGAUCAAGCAGUGGAGCAUCAACAACACAGAGCUGUCCAUCUUCAACCCCGUCGUCGAUGGCGAUCUGGUGGCCAAGGAUCUGCAGCAGUCGUUCCUCGUCGGCGACUUUGUCAAGACCGUACCCGUCGUACUCAACAACAACCUCGACGAGGGCAUCUCCUUUGGUGUGCGUGGCGUCAACAACACGGCCGACAUUGUGAGCGCUCUGGAGGAAAGUCAAGCGCUGCCAGAUGGCUGGUCGACCCAGGAUGCACUCCGCUCGCUGGCGCAGAUCUAUCCGGACAACGAGGACGUCUAUCCGCCCUUCCAAGCCGGUGCAGGUCUGCUUCCCGCCACAGGUGGCGUCUUGGGUAAGAACGACCGUCGUUCGUGUGCGAUCUUUGGCGAUCUGCGCUUUGUGGGUCCUCGACGCCAGGCGACCGAGCUUCUGGCUCGCUCGUCACAGGCAGCCAUCUACUCGUCGCGCUUCGACCAGGUCUCGUACAAGUCGCCGAUCACAGCCGGGGCACAGCACUUCCAAGAGGUGGCAUACGUCUUCCGCAACCCCCUCGACACGCAGAACGCGCUGGGCCCGUUGCGGAAGGACAUUGCGCUCGCCAACGAGAUCUCGGCGUACUGGAUCAGCUUCGUGGCGAGUGGCGACCCGAACACGGCGCGAGACCAGGGCAAGCUAAGCGACGGAGCGCUGUACUGGCCCAAGUACGACGCCGACGGCGAGCGUAGCCAGGUAGCGUGGGUGCACGAUGGGCUCGGACACCGUAGCUUUGUCACGCCCGACACGUACCGCCAACAAGGCAUGCAGCUGUUGAUGGCGCUCAGAAGUGGCACCUUCAAGCCCUCCGACUUUCACUCGAGCCACACCAAGCGUGACGAGCUGUGA